AUGACAGAGAUUUCUGUUAGGCUGGGCCAUGAGUGGUCUAAGCUUAGUGAGGAACAGAGGAGGCCCUUUAAUGAAGUGGCUCACAAACUGCAAUACAUCCAUAGGCAAAAAAUUUCCUGGAUAUUCUACAGAUACUCAAAUGCCAGCAGCUCCACAGAGGAAGUGAAGAAUUACAACACCCACCUGCAGACCUCUGAGACUGCACCUGAGAGCCUUGAGCAGCCUGAUACUGUCUCCACUCAGCAGCUUUCAGCCAACAACAAACUGGAGUGUAAAUGUGAGGAUAGUGUUGAUGUGCUGAACUGA